CCCUUCCUCUCGGCCUCUUCCUUUCUCUCUCUCGCGUCUUCUACUGGCUCUCCCAUGGUGCCCUAAAAUUUUAGGGUUUCUCGAUCCGAGCUCCCGAAAGAUUCCUAAGAUUUGAAGUUUCUGGUGUUUCUGGCCCAAUUUUAUUGAUAUUUGUUUGUCAAAGUAGUUGUUUUUUUUUUCUUUUCAAAAAAAUCCUUUUCUUUGAUCUCGAGAGAGGGUGAGGGGAAUGAGCGAAAGCUCUGGCCAGCCGGCCGACGUGAAGCCGUUGGCCGGAGGACUUUACACGGCCCGCCAUCCGGCUCCUGCGCACCCCGCCAUGCCCCUCCCGGGGCGGAUCGACGAUGCACCCGGCGGCGGUGGUGAGGGUCACUUGAUUGUGGCCGCCGACGCCCAGGCCAUCCAGCAGUACGCGGAGGAUGGCGGCGGAGGAGACGCGAUGGAGGAUGAUCACGAUGGGGCCGCGGAGGGGGAGGGGAUGGAAGGUGACGUGCCUUCCGACCACGCCAAUCUGAGGGAUCCUCUUGGGAUGGUCGCGCCACAGGUUGGGGCUAAUCAGCUAACCCUCUCGUUUCAGGGGGAGGUCUAUGUGUUCGACUCUGUCUCCCCCGAAAAGGUUCAAGCUGUGCUUUUGUUACUUGGAGGGCGUGAGAUAAACACCGGCUUGGCUUCAGGGCCAUCUUCUUCAAAUCCAUACAACAAGCGUUCAAAUUUCCCCCAGCGUGUUGCUUCAUUGAUGAGGUUCCGGGAGAAGAGGAAAGAACGGAAUUUUGACAAGAAGAUACGUUACAAUGUCCGCAAAGAAGUUGCUCUCAGGAUGCAGCGGAACAGAGGUCAGUUCACAUCAUCAAAAUCAAAGCCUGAAGAUGCAACUGCAGGUAUUGCAAGUUUGGAUGCUUCCCAACGGUGGGGUUCUGUGGAAGGUCGACCAGAAUCAGCUGCCACAUGCCAUCACUGUGGCAUCAGCUCAAAGGCUACUCCAAUGAUGCGUCGUGGACCUGAUGGACCCAGGACCUUAUGCAACGCCUGUGGACUUAUGUGGGCAAAUAAGGGUACAAUGAGGGACCUUUCAAAAAAUCCUCCUGCAGGCACUCAGAAUGCCUCAUCAGAGACAAAGGAAGGGGAUGGAAACAGUGCAGCAGUAGGCGAGCAGCAGCCUCUCGCAGUUACUGCUAAUGGUCAUGGCUCAUCAUCAUGAGACGGGUCCUGUUUUAAGAGAUGCCUAUUGAUGACGGGACAUACCCUUUGCUAGGGUUUCCGAGAUUGUCCAACAUUUUACGUACAUGCCUGUGCUAUAUGUCAUUAAUGAAUUAGAUACUAACUUUUCUUGAUUUUUCUAGCUCUUGCUGAUGCUUUCAAUUGAUGUUCCAAUGUUCAUGAUGCCUCGGAGUCUUGCACAUGUUGCUUGGCAGAGGGAUACCAUGUUUGCGUUUGUAAUUAGAUUUUAGACAAGCUUGUGCAGAUGCCGUCUUAGAAUGAAUGCUAGCCACCUGUCUCUACC